AUGCUCAUCACAGAGGAGGAAGGGCCAUGUAUAAAUAAUACAUUGAGUAAAUCACUUAAUAAGAUGAAUCUGGAUAAUAAUUCAUCCAAUUUUCAAGAUCAAGUUAGUUCGGAAGAUUUAUUUUCUCUUUAUGGCAAAAACCCAUUUUUUUAUUCGCUCAAAGAAAAUGCUAGAACAAAUGGAUUUAGGGAUUGCUAUUCUUGGUUAGGUUCAAAUGGAGAUGUAAAAAAAAAGUUUACUUUUAGAGAACUAUUUGAAAAAGUAGUGGAAUUAAGCUGGUAUCUGAACAAAAAACUAGGGAUCAAAGCAGGAGACAAAGUCAUUUUGUGUUAUACACCAGGCUAUGAUUUUGUUAUUGCAUUUAUCACAUGUUUAGUUAGCGGAAUUAUUGCCAUUCCUGUUUAUCCUCCUGAUCCCAUGAGAGGACAGAACGAAAUACAAAGGUUUUGUGAUAUUAAACAAGUUUCGGAGACCGAUAUCUCUCUUACUUGCACAUCCUAUAUGAAAAGUAUAGAGAUAGCUAAAACAAUGUCAACAGAUAAAAGAUUUAAAUCAAUAAGAUUCGAAGCAACUGAUAACUUGAAAAUAGGAAAGGAACAAUAUAGGACGGAAGUACAGAAGGUGAUUGAAGAUAUUAUUCAAAAUGAUUCCGAUUAUUCUGAUUUUGUGGGUGUAGGUACUGAUAUUAAUACCGUGGCAUUUCUCCAAUUUACUUCAGGUUCAACUUCUCAGCCAAAAGGUGUAGUGGUUACACACGGAAAUCUUCUUUAUAAUAUUCACAUUUGUAUAAGUAGCUACUCCUUCCCUUUUGUUUUGGAAGAAUACUAUCAAAACGAACUUGAAAGCAUUCCUGCUGGGGUUACAGUUUUGAAAAAAACUGAUCUUUCAGAAAAUGAAUUAUCUUUCAUUAUUAACGAAUUUGGAGAAGUAAAAGGAUUAAUGUCAUUAAAUGACAUUAAAUAUGAUAAAUCAUAUUUAUAUAUGAGUACCAUUAACAAAGCCUUAUAUAAGAAAACUAUGAGUUCUGCUUCAGUUUUUAGUUGGCUUCCUGUUUAUCAUGAUAUGGGGCUAAUUGGUUUUAUUUGUACCCCACUGUUUUUUGGAUGUAACAUCUUCCAAAUGUCUCCAAUUGACUUCAUAAAAAAGCCCUACCUUUGGAUGCAAUGUAUGGAUAAAUAUAAAUGUGGCGUAAGUGGAGCUCCUAAUUUUGCUUUUGAAGUUGUUGUCAGAAAGACUCCAAAAGAUAUUUUAAAUCAACUUAAUUUGAAACAUGUUUUUGCUAUUUUGUCUGGAGCUGAACCGAUUAGAAAGGCGACUAUUGAAAGAUUUACUGAAACUUUUAAAUCUGUGGGAAUUAAAAGUAAUGUCAUAAAACCAGCAUAUGGUCUUGCGGAGCAUACCUUAAUUGUUUCAGGUAGUAAUAGCUUCCAGCAAGAAGUAAAACAUAUUACCGUUAAUACCAAAAAAUUAAGAGAGAAGAAUAUCGUUGAAAUAAAAGAGACCAGAGAGAAAAACUCGAUGGAUACAACGUCAUUUGUUUCAAGUGGUAUGGUUUACAAAGGGAUUGAUUUGAGAAUUGUUAAUCCAGAAAGUUUAAAAGAAAUGAAUCCUGGAAAUGUUGGUGAGAUUUGGAUUUCAAGUGAUUCUGUAACACUUGGUUAUUAUAAUAAUAAAGUAGAAACAGAAAAAGUGUUCAAUGCUAAAUUCACUAUGCUUGACGGGAAAACAUCAAAGAGCACUUACAUGAGAACUGGUGAUAGUGGUUUUGUAUUAAACAAUAUGCUUUAUAUUUCAGGGAGAAUCAAGGAUAUGAUAAUUAUCAGAGGUAGAAACUUUUAUCCACAAGAUAUAGAAGAAGUUAUUGAUGGUGUUAGUGGAGUUAGACAAGGGUCUGUUGCAGUUUUCCCUGUAACACAAACUGAUGGUGAAGAAGCUAUUGGUGCUGCCGUGGAAAUCAGGAUGGAAACAAGCAUACUUGGAAGAGUAAGAAGAUUUUUUGAAAAACCGGCUUAUGAGAAUAUUGUCAGGGCGAUAUCAAAGGCAGUAUUUGUUGGCCAUGGAUUACCGGUACAUUAUAUUUGGCUUCUUUCACCUAGAACAAUAUUAAAGACAAGCAGUGGAAAAAUAAGAAGAUCACAAACUAGAGAUGCAAUUUUUUCAAGGAAACUAGUUCCAUUAUUCGAGUGGGUUUGCGAACAGUCUCCAACUUCUGACACCUUAAUUGAAAGAUCAUCGCAGUUCAUUAGUCCAACAUCCAUGAUUAUCUCAAAGUCGGGAGUUCAAAAUAAAUCAAAAUUCUAUGAGAAAACUCAAUCUGAGCAACAACCAGUAGCUGAAAAAGUUAAUAAUGAAAAAAGUGAAUUUAAUAUUGAUGAAGUCAAGAUAAAAAUCAUUGAUUUUGCUGCACAAGUAUUGGGAAUCGCGCAAAAGGACUUGGACCUUAAUGCUCCUCUACAUGAAUAUGGUAUCGAUAGUUUGGGAGCAAUUAGGCUAUCCGAAAUGAUGAAUGAUGAAUUUGGUGUGGAACUUGACUCUACACUUUUAUUCAACUAUCCAACUGUAAUAGAAAUUGUGGAUUUUGUUGCAGCACAAAUUUCUGGAAAAGAGCUUCACAAAAAGAAUUUACUAAAUCGCUCAGGUAAUAACAGCUACUCAGACAUUGUGAUUACUGGAAUGUCAUGUUCAUUUCCUGGUGGAUCUUCGACUCCAGGUGAAUUUUGGAGUAUGCUGCAAUCAGGAGUGGACGCAAUAGGGGAAAUUCCAAAGAGUAGAUGGAAUAUAGAUGAAUUUUAUUCAACUGAUUUGGAUUUUGAGGGUAAAAUGUAUACUAAAGAAGGCGGAUUUAUUGAAAAUAUUGAUAAUUUUGGAGCUUCAUUCUUCAAAAUAUCACAUGCUGAAGCAAAAUCUAUGGAUCCACAACAAAGAAUAUUUCUUGAAAAGUCAUAUGAAGCGUUAAAGGAUGCAGGAUUCACAAUUGAUACAUUAAAAAAAAGAAAUAUUUCUGUAUUUGCAGGCUGUUGUAGUAAUGAUUGGGCCCAUAUUUGCAAAUCAGAAACAGGUUCACAUAUAGGUACAUACGCAGCGACAAGUCAUGCUGCAUCGAUCAUCGCAAAUAGAGUUUCAUAUACAUUAGGCUUGACUGGCUCUUCUGUAACUGUUGAUUCUGCUUGUAGUGCAUCAAUAGUUGCUCUUCAUGUUUCUUUACAGGAAAUAUCUUCUGGGCAAUGCGAAGCUGCAGUUGUGGGAGGUAUUAAUUUAAUGCUUUCUCCACAAAUUACUGUCGCGCUCUGUAAAGCCAGGAUGCUCUCUGUAGACUGUAGAUGUAAGUCUUUUGAUGCAGCAGCAAAUGGUUAUGUAAGAGGAGAAGGUGUUGGCGUGUUGAUUUUAAAGAAAAUAGAAAAUUCCAAGAAAAAUGGUGAAAAGAUUUACUCCGUUAUUAAAGGAUCUUCGGUUAACCACAAUGGUAGAUCUGCAAGCUUAACCGCUCCAAACGGUAUCUCUCAACAAAAUGUAAUAAACUCCGCUCUGGAAUAUGCAGGAAUAAGACCAAAUGAUAUAGGGUAUAUUGAGGCGCAUGGCACAGGUACAUCACUGGGAGACCCAAUCGAAAUUUCUGCAUUAAAGAGCGUAUUUUCAAGAAAGAGAGAUUCAGGAAAACCUUUAAUUGUAGGCGCAGUUAAAACCAAUAUUGGGCACUUAGAAGGAGCUGCCGGCAUGGCUGGCAUUUUCAAAGUUAUUCUUUCUUUACUAAACGAUAUCGUUCCUCCCAAUCUUCACUUUAAAAAUAUAAACCCCCACAUAAAUCUAAAAGGAUUCCCUGUAAUUAUUCCAACUUCUAAUAUUCCAUUGCAAACAUAUGAUGGCUCUAAAACCUGUGCAGGAGUUUCUGCAUUUGGAUUUGGUGGUACAAAUGCACAUGCAAUUUUCGAAAAACCAAGUACAAACAUUGAUUUACUCACUAAAACUGAAAACUUAGAGACAAAAAAAGCAGUAAAUAGUCCUGUUGUAUUUGUGUUUGGUUUUCAAGGAUUCCAAAAUGUUAACAUGGGUAAAUAUUACUUUGAGAAAGAGAUUGUAUAUAAAGAAUGCUUCUUGAAAUGCUGUAAAAUAGUUGAUCCAUUCUUGAAAAUAUCGCUCAAAUCCUUAGUAUAUCCGGAAACUGAAGAUCCGGAAGAAUUAAGAAAGUUAAAUAAAAUGCUUGAGCAGACGGAAUAUGCUCAAUGUGCACUUUUUGCUGUUCAAUAUUCUCUAGCAAAACUUUUAGAGUCAAAAGGAAUAUAUCCAGGGGCAGUGAUUGGGCUUUCCGAUGGAGAGCUAGUUGCCUCUGUUUAUUGUGGUUCAAUUAAUCUUGAGGAUGGAUUAAAAAUUUGUGUGUUGAGAGCAUCUUUAUUAAGUGAGUUUUCAACUGCCGAAGGUAGAAUGGCAUUAUUCAAUGUAUCUAAGGAAGAUGCAGAAAUGGCAUUAGCAGACAUUGGCCCCCAAAAUAGCAACAAAGUUUUAAUUUUUUCAUCUGUCGGUCCAAAUCAAGUUUUGCUCUCAGGAGAUGAAGAAAAACUUGAGACUGUAGCUUUUAUAUUAAAAGAAUAUUAUCCUAGAAUUAACACUCACUCAAUAGAUGCAAAGUUUCUUAGAUCCAGCUAUUCAUUUGGAACUGGCGAAUUAAAUAACCUCGUGGAACCUAUCUCUGCUUUGAUGGAAAAUAUUACAUUAGACACUCCCGUAAUCCCGAUGAUAAGUGGAACUUCUGGUAAUUUUGUAUAUGAAGAGUUAACAAGUCCAAAGUAUUGGGGAUGGCAAUUAAAUAACCAGUUAUCUAUCUCCAAAGUAGUUAAUACUGUUACUUCAAAAGGAAAAUCUAUAAUAAUAGACCUUAUGCCAAUUUCUAGAUCAGAUUUUGGAAUCUCUGAAAUUUUUAAUUUUGAUAAAGAUAUUGCUUACUAUUCAGCCUUCGAAGAUACAAACUUACAGAGCUAUGAACCAAAUAAAUUUAAUAAUAUGAUCAAGACUGUAUCUGAAAUAGUGCUUAAAUACCGAGUUAAUAGCAUUGAAGAUGCUUCCAUUUCUUGUAUGGAUAGUAAUGGACUAUCAUACCAUCGUGAAUCAUUCCCUUGGACUUCGUUUAAGCAUUCAAUACUUGGGGAAUACAAGUCUGUAGAAGGUUCAGUGAAAAUCAUUUCUAGCCUUAAUGAAAAAUCAAUUAAGUUGUUUUCUGACCAUAAAGUUUAUGAAAAUAUUGUUAUCCCAGGAUCAGGACUCAUUGAUUUGGCAGCAGCAUCAAUUUUAACAGUUUCAAUAGAUGAUCAAAGUAUUUUGAAGAACCCCAAUAUAUUAUUUGGGGAAAGCAUGAUUGUAAAGCUAAAUAAUGUGAUUUUCGAGAGGCCGAUAACACUAAAUAGGAAUAGUUUAAUUGCUUUAGAAUAUCCUGAAGCUAUAAAUCAACUAAAAUCAUACAGCAAACUCGGUAGGAAAAAUAAUCAAAAUACAAAUUUAAUUUGUAGUAUCGAAUCUGAUGGAAAUAUUUCUAUACAAUACGGUAGCAUGGAAGAUCGGGAAGACAAUGAUUACGAUGAGAUUGAUAAUUCAAUGGUUGAUUGCUUUUCUUGUAAAGCAAAAAUUUUUGAGGAGUUUAUUCUCACUGAAGAUCUUGCACAAAUAAAAAAUAACACAAAUAUAAAGGAAGAUCCAAAAAUUAUGUACGAUGAGUAUGAAGAAAUCGGUCUGAAAUAUGGGAAAAAGUUCAGAGUUGUGAGAGAGCUUUAUAGAAACGAAACAUGUUCAGUUGCUCUAGGAAAAAUUCAUUUACCAGAUACAUGCAAGCUUGGAACAUUCGAAUCAGGGUUUUAUUUCCAUCCUGCUAUUUUAGAUGGUGCUUUUCAUGUAGCAGGUUCACUAUUGAAAUAUAAAGAUUCCUUGAAGAAUAACGAGGCAAUGGUACCAGUAAGUGUUGAGGAAAUUGAAAUCAAAUAUAUGAACGUAAAUCAGAUUAUUUGGGCAGUUGCAUACCUAAACGAAACAGCUCAGAACUUUGCUUCUUUCAAUUUGGUUUUAUUUGGCUCAGAAGGUAAUUGUAUUGGAAAAUUAGAAAAGGUUACUUUACGUCAUUUUAACAAUAAAAGCGUUUCAAAACCUAAAAUCGCAGAUAGAGAAUUGCUUUGGAGGUUGGAUUGGGAAAAGUCUGAUAAACUAAAAUUCUCAAACAAUAUUUUAAGUCAGAGUGAAGUUUUAAAAAUAAUCAUUAUACACUCAGGAUCUGGUAUUGUAAAAGAAAAAUGUGCUAUACAAUUAUCGAAUGUUAACAAAAGUUUUGUUAAUUUAGAUACAAUCAAGGAUAGUGAUAUUGAGCAAUUAGAAAAACUUAUAGAUAUUCAAUCAAUCGAUUCAAUAGUUCUACUAUCACCAAUAGAGGAUUUAAUGCCUGCCAGGAAAGAUAUUGAGAAGAUAUCAAUUGAUAUCCUAGAGGCUACGAUGAAAAUAUUUAAAUUGUACCUAAAAGUACUAAAGCAAAACAAACCUAUUUAUCACAACAAAAAUAAAAAUAUCCCAAAUUUCUGGAUAGUUACAGCAAAUUCUCAAAAUCUGGCCAAUUACAAUGUUAAUGAAAAUAUUUGCAUUCCAAACCAUUCAGGAUUAUGGGGAUUGGCUAAAUCAGCAAACCUUGAAAUAGGUUCUUUAAUAACAAACUUUAAUCAGCCAAUAAAGUCUGUGGAUCUAGAAAUCCCAGAUUUAAGUGACCAUCCAAAUGUGGCAAAUAUUAUAGAAAAAUUCAUAGUAUGGGUUUUAAAUUACGAAUAUUCAUCCUUAUUGGAAAAAGAAGAUAAAAUAUUAAAACUUGAAAGAGAAUUUAGCAUUUCCAUUAAUAGCCUCAGAAUCUUUGAAAAUUGA